CCACCAGCUACAUUCCACGACGCCAACGAUAACGACGACUCUUUUUCUCCAGUGCAAGAUAAUAACACCACAGCUUUUAUUUCAAAUUAAUACUCAACUUUAAUACUCACACAACAUGUGGAUUGUCAACUGGUUCUAUGAUGUGCUGUCCUCCUUGGGACUGCUCAACAAACACGCCAAGCUGCUCUUCUUGGGUCUGGACAACGCCGGAAAGACUACUCUGCUUCACAUGCUGAAGAACGACCGUGUCGCUAUUCUCCAGCCCACUCUUCACCCCACAUCCGAGGAGCUUGCCAUCGGCAACGUUCGAUUUACCACCUUCGAUCUCGGCGGUCAUCAGCAGGCCCGACGUAUCUGGCGCGAUUACUUCCCCGAGGUCAACGGCGUUGUCUUCCUUGUCGACGCCAAGGACCACGAGCGAUUCGGCGAGGCCAAGGCCGAGCUCGACGCCCUCCUCUCCAUGGAGGAGCUCUCCAAGGUUCCCUUCGUUAUUCUCGGCAACAAGAUCGACCACCCCGAUGCUAUCUCUGAGGACGAGAUGCGACACCAGCUCGGCCUUUACCAGACAACCGGCAAGGGCAAGGUCCCUCUCGAGGGUAUCCGACCCAUCGAGCUCUUCAUGUGCUCAGUGGUUAUGCGACAAGGCUACGGCGAAGUCUAUGGAUUUCCACCGGAAUCUUUCGACCCCUCCCUUCUUCCUGAUGUCGACACUGAGUUCGUCGAUGCGCAAGACUUGGAAGCCUUUGAGAAGGCGCUCCAGGCUCCUGAUCCGCUUCAGAGUCCGACCGAUGAAAACGGCGCUCGAUCGCCUCGCAGCCCGAGUUCGUUUAGUGUGACAAAGAGGCCUUCGCAGGUCGAAUCUGGUCUUGCGGAUGAUGUCGCUGCUGUCGCCGCCGCCGCGGACGCUGCCUCUGGAGAUCUCCCUGUUCCUCCGACACCGAGUCAAGGAACAUUUAUAACAGCGCAGAACGAUUGGGCGCCUGUUAACGAGAAGAUCUAUAGUCGUCGGCGCGGUUCGAAGCGAAGCAAGAGAAAGCGCAGGGGUGGAAAGGGGGCUGUUGAGGGUCUUCUAGGGACCCGCACCAAGGAUGAGACUCGAGAAGGAUAUCUAUACCAACUUUCAAAGUGGCCUUUGCUUUUCUUCGUGUUUGCAUGGCUGGGUGGACUUGCCGUUGCAUACCUCUCGACAAGGCUAUAUAUCUGGGUCUACGAGCAUUUCUUCACAUGGCGCGGCCAGCGAGAAAGACUCCGACGGAAUUUGCGAAAUGCUUCGAAGUAUGAGGACUGGGUGAGUGCCGCAAAGGAGCUUGACAACUACCUUGGUCGACAAACAUGGAGGGAAGAGAAUGAUUUCGCAUACUACGAUUCCAAGACUGUCCGAAGAGUUUGGGAGCAGAUGAAGAAGACGAGACUGCGUGCUGAAGAGCAGGAAAACAAGGGCGAGAAGAGUAAUGGAGGAAAGGCAGUGGAUGAGCUGAAGACUUUGAUCGAAGCCUGCGUCAAGAAUAACUUUGUUGGCGUUGAGAACGCGAGGUUAUACAGCCAAACGUACUAUGGAACCAAGAAUCUGGUACAGAAUUUCCUCGAUGAAGAGGAGAAGUGUAUCAAAUUUCUGGCAAACACCAAGCAACUCGAGAUGGAGCAGAAGCGAGUUCUCUUCAAGCACGUCUACGCCAACUACGGAAGAACGGCUCUCUGCCUUUCCGGAGGUGCAGCCUUUGCCUACUAUCAUAUUGGUGUUGUUCGAGCAUUGCUCGAUGCGGAUCUGCUACCAGAUGUCAUCACAGGCACUAGUGGCGGUGCUCUAGUUGCCGCUUUGGUGGCUACUCGAACGAACGACGAGCUUAAGCAACUUCUUGUACCAGCUCUUUCUGAGCGCAUCAACGCUUGUCGCGAACCCUUUACAGUCUGGAUUCCUCGGUGGUGGAAGACUGGAGCUCGAUUUGACUCGGUUGACUGGGCGCGACGAUGCGGCUGGUGGACGCAUGGCUCCUUGACAUUCCGAGAAGCUUACGAACGAACAGGUCGCAUUCUCAAUGUUACCUGUGUCCCAGCUGACCCCCAUUCGCCAACAAUUCUUUGCAACUACCUCACAAGCCCUGAUUGUGUUAUCUGGUCGGCCGUGUUGGCAUCGGCCGCUGUACCCGGAAUUAUUAACCCUGUCGUUCUCAUGAUGAAGACUCGAGACGGUUCUCUAGAGCCGUACUCUUUUGGCCACAAGUGGAAGGAUGGCAGUUUGCGAACGGACAUCCCUAUCAAGGCUUUGAACACACAUUUUAACGUCAACUUUACAAUUGUCAGCCAAGUCAACCCACAUAUCAAUCUUUUCUUUUUCUCAUCUCGAGGAUCAGUUGGUCACCCAGUCACACAUCGCAAGGGGCGUGGAUGGCGAGGUGGCUACCUGAUGUCUGCGUUCGAGCACUAUCUCAAACUGGACAUGAACAAGUGGCUCAAGUUUAUCCGCCAUGCCGAGUUGUUGCCACGGCCUCUUGGUCAAGAUUGGAGUCAGCUUUGGCUGCAACAAUUCAGCGGCACUAUUACGAUUUGGCCAAAGUCGAGAAUUUCAGACUUCUGGCACAUUCUGUCUGAUCCUGAUCCCCAUCGACUGUCCCGUAUGAUUCACGAAGGAAAGCAAAGUGCUUUCCCCAAGCUCAAGUUCAUUGAGAACAGGCUCAAGAUUGAGCGACUGGUUGAACGAGGACGCUCUGAUUCACGACCAUGGGUGCGUAGGGGCAGCAUUCAAACUAUUCUCAGCGAAGAGGAUAUCAGAAACAUUCUGGCGGAGGAGAUGGGCAACGGUGCAACUACAGAGGACGAGACCGAUGUGGAUGAUCUCAGUGGGCUUGGCCUUGGUAUGACCACCCUCGACGAUAACACUCUUUAUGAGGAGCCCGAAGAGAAGAGUGACUCGGAGGUCAGCGGUUGAGUGAACUGCCGUGUAAGAUGGAGGGAAGUGGAUAUAAUACGAGCAUGUCUCUAGAUUAGUAGCAUAGUUGCUUUAAAGGUUUGGGUUUGAAAAUUGGAUUAGGUUUGGGAGGAACAAGUAAAUCGUUAUAAGCGUCUUUAAUCAACAUCAAGCGUUUCAUUUGUCAAUUAUGGCCAGUUGGUCUUGUUCCUAUUUAAGUAAUAGAAUUCAACUGCUCGGUUCUGUCUUGGUCUCGAAAUAGAGUUGAUGGUUGGCACUAGAAGGUCAUAGCUUGCAGGGCUGAGUGCACUAACAAACAGUGGUU